UUGGCCGCGGGGAGGGAAGGCCCAGGUCGGGAGAGGUGGGUCGGUGGCGGGCCAGGAGCGGAGGCCGGCCCCCGCUGCGGCUCCGGAGACGCCCAGGGCUCCGCGCGCUGGCGCCGGGCGGGGCCGUGGCUGCCGCGGCCUUUGAGCGACCGGAAGGGCCGAGUCUGCGCGCUCCUGGGGGCCUCGAGCUGGCGGCGGGAGUGCGGCGGGAGGGGCUUCGAGCGGGUCAGCUUUUCGUUUCCGUUUUCCUCCUUUUCUCAGGCUCAUCCCCAGACCGGAAGGUGCGGGGGCCGAGCGACGCACAGACCCACCCACUCUGACCCCCUCGUGUUAGGCCACGAGGGCGCCCAUUCGUCUCCGGACCCCGCCCAUCAAAGCGGUUUCAGGGUACGCCUGUAUGGAUAUAGCUCCCCAAGAUCCUCCACUCAGUGACGCAGAGCCUUUCAGGGUUGGCUGCAAGCCAAACCCCAGCCUCCCGAUGCAGCCUGAAUCCAGCCAGUGUGAAGAGGAGACCCCUUCCCUCCUGUGGGGUUUGGAUCCUGUGUUUCUAGCCUUUGCAAAACUCUACAUCGGAGAUAUCCUGGACUUGAAGGAGUCCCGCCAGGUACCAGGUGUAUUUUUUUACAAUGGGCACCCAAUAAAGCAGGUAGAGAUCUUGGGAACUGUAAUUGAAAGGAGAGAAAAGGAUGCUUUCUUCAGUUAUGGAGUGGAUGACAGCACUGGAGUUAUAAAUUGCAUCUGCUGGAAAAAGUCGAACAAUACCGAGUCUUCAUCAGCAACUACAGCUGCUGCAACUCUAGGGGAGCUGAACUUAACCUCACAGCUUAAGAAGCUGCAAGAUACCAUUGAGCGGAAGACAAAGAUAGAAAUUGGGGACAUUAUCCAGAUCAGAGGUUAUGUCCACACGUACAGAGAGGAACGAGAGAUUCGUGUCACUACUUAUUAUAAAGUGGAAGAUCCCGUGUGUAACAUUCAAAUCGCGAGGAUGCUUGAGCUGCCCAGUAUCUACAGGAAAGUUUAUGACCAGCCUUUCCGCAGUCCAGCCCUAGAGCAAGAAAGCAGCGAUCCAGGUGCCCUGGACCUUGCCAAUCUCACGUGUUUGCUGAGUGAAAGAGCCAAAGAAUUCCUCGUGGAGAACAAAGUGCAAACCUUUUACCAGCAGGAAUUAGAAAUUGUGGAAUCUCUGCUGUCCCUUGCCAAUCAGCCUGUGAUUCACAGUGCCGGCUCUGAGCAGGGGGAUUCUAAGAAUGACACCACUUCCAAGGCAAUUCAUAGUAUAUUUAAGAAUGCAAUACAGCUGCUGCAGGAAAAAGGUUUUGUUUUCCAGAAAGAUGAUGGUUUUGAUAAGCUAUACUAUGUAACCAGAGAAGACAAAGAACUGCACAGAAAGAUCCACCAUAUCAUUCAAGAAGACUGCCAGAAACCAAAUCCAGAUGCAGAGAAGGGCUGCCACUUUCAGCACAUCUUGGCCUGUGCUCGCCUAAGUGUCAGCCCGGACCUGAGUGAAGGUGUGCUGCAGCAGGUGCUGGAGCUCCUGGAGGACCGGAGUGACAUCGUCAGCACCACGGAGCACUACUACACUGCCUUCUGAGGAGAGGCCUGCAGAUGGCGUGGGCGGGCCAAGCCAAGGAAGACAACGAGCAGGUGGUGGGUGCUCCCAGGCUCAGAUUUGAAACAUCACGCAGAGGCUUAUAGGUCUGGCGGCAGUGAUCUCAUAAUAAACUGUGAAAUAUGGUCCUUAAAUGACCAUAUUUUAAGGAAUGGAAUUUGGCAUAGGCUGCCCUCUAGCUGGUGUAUCGUGGGAUAAAGUAAUUUAUCUCAGCCAUGACAUAGAAGAAGAAAACCCUCCCUGUUGACCUCCUGCCUGGACCGGGCGUUGCUCUUAAAGCAGAAGGGAGGGAACACUGUUGGUGGCUGAAUUGGUGUGUAUGUGGCUUGAGGCUCUGUCAUGGUAAAGGAUGCCACAUGGUAAAGUGAACUGAAGAGCAUCUAGCCAGAUCACACAGACCUAAAACAUUUGAAAACUUCAGACUAUUGCAUAUGUUCUUGUAGGCCUCUCUCAGUGGUUAAGAACCUAGUGUAGGGAACUCCUCCUUGGAUGAGUAUCACUCACCUAUGAUUUCUAUGGAUCAAGUACCAGAGGUGGGUCCUGAGUCCUGGGAUGAAUGUUGUUUACAGACCCACCCAGAGAUGGGAAUAAAUGGAUCCAAGGCA